CAAGUGAUCACCAUUCGUGCUCCCACGGUAAGUAUCCUGGAAUUGCCCGUGAGUAUUGGGCACUUGACUUGGACCGUGACCGCAUACCGCCCUGGGCCCCAUGCACGUCAUGACUGACAUGAAGACCUCAAUGCCCUCCGAGUCAGCCCCAAGCACAUUAACAUCCAAUGUAGAGCUCGACAAACAGGCUCCGCCUUUAUUUGGGCAUGCUAUGCACAAGCUAUUCGAGUUUGACCCAUCUUACGUGAACCUUAACCAUGGUUCGUAUGGUUCAUUGCCCAUACCAGUCAGAGUUGCAUGCGAUAAGCUCAGCACUCACAUCGAAGCUAACCCAGACAAAUUCAUGCGCAUCGAGUGCAUUCAUCACUGGAUCGAGGCUCGUACUCGAGUGGCCAAGCUGAUAGGGGCAGAUACUGAUGAAUGCGUUUUGGUGAAUAAUACAUUACAUGGCCUGAACACGAUUCUCCGCAACUUCGAGUGGCAUGAAGGGGAUGUCAUCAUUGAGACGACCACAACUUAUAAUGCCGUGUCCCGAGCGAUUAAUUAUCUCGGAGAUAUUCCACCAUAUCCACAAGUAUCCACAUUCAAUCUUCAGUUCCCUACCACACAUGCGGAUAUACUGGAAAACUGGCGAGAACAUAUACGUCGAGUGACUUCGGAAACGAGCGGCCUCCAGCAGACUCGCAAGGUCGUCGCCGUAGUAGACGCCAUCGCGGCCAACCCUGGUGUGCGUCUUCCUUGGAAAGAAAUGGUGGCCAUUUGCAGGGAUGCAGGUGUUUGGUCAGUGGUGGAUGCCGCGCAUUCAAUUGGCCAGGAAGUGGAUAUCAAUUUGUCGGAGGCGAAGCCUGAUUUUUGGGUAUCGACUUGCCACAAAUGGCUCUUUGCAAAGAGAAGUUGCGCGGUCCUUUAUGUGCCAAAACGAAACCAGCAUGUUAUCAAAUCUUGUAUACCCACUCCACGCAAUUAUUGCUCACCUCGAGACAAGGAUUACAAUGGCCCGCAAAGUUUCGUGAAUCUUUUUGAAAGGACGGGGACCAUAGAUUAUGCUCCAUUCCUAAGCGUGAAUGCAGCCUUGGACUUCAGACAGUGGCUCGGCGGCGAACAUAAGAUUAACGAAUACACUCACAAUCUCGCAAUCGCAGGCGGGAAGUAUCUGGCAAGUCUUCUAGGAACCAGUGUAAUGGACCCUGACGGUGACUUAACCCUGAACAUGGUUAACGUGGAACUGCCCAUUCCUGACGACAUUAAAUAUUCGAAUGAAAUUAACACCCUGCUGAUAAAUACGUUAUUAACUGAGUGGAACGUGUACGCUGUUCAUUACUACCACAAUGGAAAAUGGUGGACAAGGUGUAGCGUGCAGAUAUGGAACGAGAUUUCAGACUUCGAAGUUCUUGCCAAUGCUUUCAAGGACGCGUGCCAGAAAGUAGUGAAGUUUGCGAAGUAAUAGAUACUCAAUUCAUGUACAAAUAUAUUUCUUACAAGAAAGAGAUUGAACGGACUAAAA